ACUUUUAGGACAGUGGAAUCCUGGGGUAGAUAGAAUGUGGUGCAGGAAGACAGAGAAAUCUAGGCUAGCCAAAUUGCAGAGUUCUAGAAUGUUCUAAAGAUAGAGUCUUGGACCAGUACUUUCGAACAAUAGAUUCUCAAGCUGAGGGUUUUAGGCUCUGUAGAACUUUAAUAACAGUCUCAAGAUCCUUACAAUUUCAGAAUCCAGGCCUCUGAGAGAUUGAAGAGGCCUCUCAGAAUAGCUGAUCUGCCUCCUCCUCUCACUCUUGGGGAAACUGAGGCCCGAGGAGUGGAGGAGACUCAUCCCCCAAGGUCACACACUCCCAACACACCCAGAUGAGCCACCAGCCCCAACAGGCGCCCCGCUCCGGCCGGCACCAUGGACAGCGAGGCGUUCCAGAGCGCGCGGGACCUCCUGGACAUGAACUUCCAGUCUCUGGCCAUGAAGCACAUGGAUCUGAAACAGAUGGAGCUGGACUCCGCGGCUGCCAAGGUGGACGAACUGACCAAGCAGUUGGAGUCGCUGUGGUCAGACUCGCCAGCGCCCCCUGGCUCGCGGGCCGGAGCCCCCCCUAGGGCCUCCCCAAAGCUGUCCCGGUACAGCUCCAGCUCUAGCCCGGUCCUCGAGCCCUUCGGCAGCCGCGGGUCCCCCCGAAAGGCGGCCACCGACGGCGCGGACACCUCGUUCAGUCGCUCCGAGAGCGCCCCGACUCUGCACUCCUACAGCCCGCUGUCCCCUAAGGGCCGGCCGUCGUCGCCGCGCACCCCGCUCUACCUGCAGCCGGAUGCCUACGGCACCCUGGACCGCGCGCCCUCGCCCCGGCCCCGCGCCUUCGAGGGCGCAGGCAGCUCCCUCGGCCGUGCGCCCUCCCCGCGGCCCGGCCCCGGCCCGCUGCGCCAGCAGGGUGCCCCCACGCCCUUCGACUUCCUGGGCCGCGCCGGCUCCCCCCGUGGCAGCCCCCUGGCCGAGGGGCCCCAGGCCUUCUUCCCCGAGCGCGGGCCCUCGCCGCGCUCCCCAGCCUCGGUCUACGACGGGCCGGCUGGCUUUGGGAGCCCCCUGCUGGGCGCGGGCGGCAGCGCCUUCGCCCCGCCUCUGCGCGCGCAAGACGACCUGACGCUGCGCCGGCGGCCCCCCAAAGCCUGGAAUGAGUCUGACCUGGACGUGGCUUAUGAAAAGAAGUCUUCGCAGACAGGAGGCUAUGACCGCUUGGAGGUCUUUGCGCGGCCCUCCUCGCCGGGCCCGCAGCUGUUACCCUGGAGAGAAAGCAGCCUGGAUGGGCUGGGGGCCUCCAGCAAGGACAACCUCACCAGCGCCACCCUGCCCCGCAAUUACAAGGUCUCCCCUCUGGCCAGCGACAGGCGUUCUGAUGUGGGCAGCUACCGCCGAUCGCUGGGCUCCGCGGGGCCAUCGGGCACUUUGCCUCGCAGCUGGCAGCCUGUCAGCCGCAUCCCCAUGCCUCCUUCCAGCCCCCAGCCCCGCGCUGCCCCCCGCCAGCGCCCCAUCCCCCUCAGCAUGAUAUUCAAGCUGCAGAACGCCUUCUGGGAGCAGGGGGCCAGCAGGGCCAUGCUCCCUGGCUCCCCCAUCUUCUCCAGAGCUCCUCCGCCUAAGCUGCCUCCACAGCCCCAGGCGCCCCCCCAGCCCCAGGUGCCCCCACACUCCCAGCCCCAACCACAACCUCAGGCCCAGCCUCAAGCCGCUGCCCCAGCCCCCCAAACCCCCCAACACACUUGGCCCCCUGUGAGCGAAGGCACCCCCAAACCACCCGCUGAGCUGGAGCCUGAGCCAGAGCUGGAGGGGCUGCUGACGCCAGGGCUAGAGGCUGGUGAUGCAGAUGAAGGUGCUGUAACUCGGCCCCUCAGCCCCACGCGGCUGCAGCCAGCGCUGCCUCCUGAGGCACAGUCAGUGCCCGAGCUGGAGGAGGUGGCCAGGGUGCUGGCAGAGAUUCCACGGCCCCUCAAACGCAGGGGCUCCAUGGAGCAGAGCCCUGCUGUAGCCCUGCCCCCCACCCACAAGAAGCAGUACCAGCAGAUCAUUAACCGCCUCUUCCAUCGUCAUGGCGGGCCUGGAGGGCCUGAGCCCGAGCUGUCCUCCAUCACUGAGGGAUCUGAGGCCAGGGCGGGGCCCCCUGCUCCUGCCCCACCAGUUCCCAUACCGCCCCCAGCUGCACCCCAGAGCAGCCCACCAGAGCAGCCACAGAGCAUGGAGAUGCGCUCUGUGCUGCGGAAGGUGGGCUCCCCGCGCAAGGCCCGCCGCGCGCGCCUCAACCCACUUGUGCUGCUGCUGGACGCGGCGCUGACCGGGGAGCUGGACGUGGUGCAGCAGGCGGUGAAGGAGAUGAACGACCCGAGCCAGCCCAACGAGGAGGGCAUCACCGCCCUGCACAACGCCAUCUGCGGCGCCAACUACCCCAUCGUGGACUUCCUCAUCGCCGCCGGCGCCAACGUCAACUCCCCCGACAGCCACGGCUGGACACCGUUGCACUGCGCGGCGUCGUGCAACGACACGGCCAUCUGCACGGCGCUGGUGCAGCACGGCGCGGCAAUCUUCGCCACCACCAUCAGCGACGGCGCCACCGCCAUCGAGAAGUGCGACCCCUACCGCGAGGGUUACGCUGACUGCGCCACUUACCUGGCAGACGUGGAGCAGAGCAUGGGGCUGAUGCACAACGGGGUGGUGUACGCCCUCUGGGACUACAGCGCCGAGUUCGGCGACGAGCUGUCCUUCCGCGAGGGCGAGUCGGUCACCGUGCUGCGGAGGGACGGGCCGGAGGAGACGGACUGGUGGUGGGCCGCGCUGCACGGCCAGGAGGGCUACGUGCCCCGUAACUACUUCGGGCUCUUCCCCAGGGUGAAGCCUCAGAAGAAUAAGGUCUAGCAGGAGAGAAGGAUGUUUCCAAGCGAGACGGGAGGCCACAGCCUGCCUUCGCUCCAGACGUCCCUCUCCGUUACUGCUGCGUCUCCCUGCUGCCCCAAGACCUGCAGGGGUGGGGUCCUCGCCACCAGCUCUCUGCCUCCCUGGAAGCCCCGGCGAGAAGGAGAACCCCAGCCUUAAGUUUAGAAACCUGCCUGAGCCAUGGGAGGUGGUGGUGGGGCUGGGAGUCAUGGGGGGCAAGAGACACCUCCACCCACUUGCCAAAUCACAUCCCGUCCAAAGUGCCACCCACUCCUACUGCCAACCCCGCCGUUUCCCCUCAAAGCAAGCCCACCCACCAUCCCAGCGGAGCCUGGGAUGGGUCACCUCUCCUGGGUUUCCCCGGGAGUCACCUCCGCCCCC